AUGCCUCCUCGCAAUACUAAAUUCAAGCUGAACACAGGCGCCGAGAUCCCAGCCAUCGGAUUUGGGACCUGGCAGGAUGAACAAGCGCAGGAGGGGGCCGUCCUGGCCGCACUGCAGGCAGGAUACCGUCAUAUAGACACCGCUGCCAUAUAUGGCACAGAGGCUGCAGUUGGCAAAGCCAUCAAGAAGUCCGGCAUCCCCCGAGAAGAGCUUUUCAUCACCAGCAAGCUGUGGAACAACAAGCACAAGCCUGAAGACGUCGAGAAGGCACUUGACGACAGCUUGAAGAACCUCGGCAUCAGCUAUCUCGAUCUAUAUCUGAUGCACUGGCCCGUCGCCUUUGCACCAGGAGACGAGGCCUUCCCCAAAGACAGCUCCGGCAAGAUGAAGGUGGUCGAUAUCGACUAUGUAGACACCUACAAGGCGAUGGAGAAGUUGGCCAUGGCCGGUAAGACCAAAGCCAUUGGUAUAUCCAACUUCUCCAAGGCAGAGACCGAGAGGCUGCUUGAAAACACCAGCAUCGUGCCAGCCGUCCACCAGCUCGAGCUGCACCCUUGGCUCCAGCAGCCGUCUUUUGUCACCUUCCUGAAGACCAAGGGUAUCCACAUCACACACUACUCGUCUCUAGGUAAUCAGAACGAGACAUACAAGCAGGACGGCAAGUUGCUCGAGGCCCCUGCCCUCACGGCCAUUGGCAAGAAGUACAACAAGUCCCCUGCUCAAGUUGCUCUUGCAUGGGGUAUCAAUGAAGGUCACUCGGUGCUGGUCAAGUCAAAGACGGAGCAGCGCAUCAAGGACAACUUCCAGGCUGACUUUGAGCUCAAAGCCGAAGAUCUGCAGCUGGUGCAUGAGAUGGACAGACAGAGGCGCUUCAACGACGCCAGCGAGUCCUUCAAUUACAAGUUCUUUUCCGACCUUGACUAG